AAUAGCAAAUGUAAGGUGGCAAAUAAAAAUAUAACCAGCAGUCAACAUUUACACUCAAUACAAGCAACUUUUUUAGGAAAGAAAUGCUACUCUUCAUGAUUUUCAUCUCACACUGACACCUGCAGAAAGUUUCCCAUCUGAAUAAAGAAGUGUUCUUCUAUUCUCCACUUGUCCUGUGAAUGCAUUUUUUUUAAAAGGAGAGACUAUUUCAAGUGUUUAUUAAAGCCAAAUAAUCACAAAUUGUUAUUCAAUUUAGCUAGCGUUAGUUGCCUUGGUUUAUGCUAUCGCUUUGUUCAUUCACAUUGAUUUGCUAAUUAUAAAAUCAGUAGAAUGAGCUACAGCUCAGACAUCAAAACAUAUAUUUUAGCGGAAAAACAAUGGUACAGUAAAUAAUCCAUUUUGUUCACCUUUGCCCCCAUGGACUACCACCUUGUUGUGGUGGAUGGCCUUGUGUGCCUCAAUUAUUCUGAGAGCUAUGCUGGCAGGAGCAAAUGCUCCUGGUAGGGUCACCCAAGCCAGAUAAGUCAAAGGUAAGAGUCCAGAUGAACAGUAGUCCAAUACCAAUACUCCAGCUCUUGGAAUGCAGGGGAGUUGCAUGAAGAUGAUGUAAUUAUCAAUAAACUGAUGGUUCGGAUUGUCUCACAUUCUGCUUGAUGAUGACGACUUUGGCUGAAGAACUCGAGGGAUGUACAUUGAUUACUGAAAGUGCAUGGUGAAAUAACUGUGUGGCAGUGGGGGCGUGGUCAAGCAGCGGUCUGUGACCGAAGGGCGGAGUCAGGGAAGGUAAGUGGCAGAAUCACUGCACCUGAGGUCGAUUAACGUGUGUUUGUGUGUCUUCCCCAGUGACCGCGCCCUAUUUAAGGAGAGAGCGAGAGCAGAGGGGAGCUCUCUCCCCAACCAGAAGACUAGUGUGUGCGUGUGUGUAUGGCUGGGAGCGUGUUCAAGCUGAAAAUAGUGUUGAACUUAAUUCUGGCCUGCUGUCUUCCUGUGCUCCUCCCACUCAUACGAACUGCCACAAACUGAAAUGCACCAUCCGAUGGAGUUGGUUUCCUGUUGGACCAGAACACUACAAAUGCACUCACUGAAGUGUCACUCUUUGAAAACAAGAGGAUCUUGAUUGCAAUAUGCUCUUGUUUUCAAAGAGGAUAUUGGAAUCAAUAUCCUCUUGUCACUCUUUUUGAAAACAACAAGAGGAUAUUGAUUGCAAACUUUAGCGGUAACCCUGCAAUCAUCAUCAUUCCCCAUGAUUCACCCGUGAAAGGAGAUGAAGAAGCCGAGGAACAGUCUCAAAUCUUACCAAGGGCAGUUAGUCAGGUGCCUAAACACUCUUAUUGGUAAGACUUCAGCGGACACCUUGGGAAAGACAAAGCUAUGUACAGCCACCAUGAAAACAGCAACAACAUUCGUAAACUGAUGUAUGAAUUCUCAGUAGAGAACAAUCUAGCAGUGACCAACACUAGAUUUCCGAAAAAGAUGAGGAAACUCUGGACAUACAUGUCUGACAUAGCACUAAGUGGACUACAUCUUGAUCAACAUUAAGUGGAUCAAUUCUAUCACAAAUGUAGAAGCACACAAGUCAUUUAGCAGUCUUGGCUCAGACCAUCGUAUAGUAACAGCUUUUAUGAAACUGAAACUCCACUGUAGCAAAACAUCUCCAAGGUGGAAGAACUGGUCAGAGAUAAAGAUCUGCGGCAGUUAUACACAGUCAUAGUGCGUAACCGCUUUGCUGAAUUAUUGACAUACGCAGACACAUCAGUAAGAUUCAGCCAUCUAAUCAAAGCCAACCAAGAAGCUGCUGACACCAUGAUACCACAAAAGAAGAAGCCCAAUCGUAAGAAUUUUGCUGACAGUCAAUUGGUCAAAGAGGCGAGGAAGAAAGUACAGGACACAUUUCAUGCAUACUCGGAGAAUAGUACAAGAGUCAAUCAGGAAUGAUCACAGGAAGAAAAAGAUAAUCUGGAGAAUGUUUUAUAAUGACCUUUUUGAAGAAGACCUAAGCAAGAAACUGGAGAAGGUGGAGAGUACUAACACUUGGGCAAAACACAGAGAAAGCUGGAAGCUGAUAAGAUCACUGGACACAAAUCUGCACUAAAAGGUAUCUUAGUAAGUGCAACAAAGGACCAAAGACAAAAAGUGUGAAACUCACUUCUCCAACCUGGGGAAAGAGCCCAUGAUUGCAGGAGAUGAUAAUGAAGACAUUCCAACUGUUUUUGAAGACCUAGAUAUCAAUGAGGGAUUGUUCAAAAUUGAGGAGGUAGAGAAAGCUAUAAGUUCCCUCAUUGAAGGGAAAACUCCAGGACCUGAUGGUAUUCCACCUGAGGCCUUAAAAAGGUGUGAGCUGAAUGAGGACAUUUUGACUUUCGGCAACAAUCUAAUCAAUUACUGUCAGAAACCAGACCAGUGGUCUGUUAUCAACAUCAUUCCGCUACCUAAGAAAAGCUUUCUAGAUAUCACCGAUAACCACAGGGGUAUUGGACUAUCCUCAAUGAUUGCAAAGGCCAUCAAUAAGAUGACACUAAAUAGAGUGCAAUCAAUUUUAGAUCCUCUCUUGUGACCCAACCAAAAUGGGUUUUGACCUAAAAGAUCAACAAUAGCCCAUACUCUUGCACUAUGAAGGCUCAUUGAGAGAGUCAAGAGUAACAAUUUAGAGACCAUCAUCAUCUUUCUUGACUUCAUCAAAGCUUUUGAUUCUGUGCACAGAGGGAAAAUGAGAAAGAUCCUUCAUGUGUAUGGUAUUCCAACAAAGCUUGUCACUGCUGUCAUGAAAUUCUACGAGGGAACCAAAGCCAUGGUUAUUUCUCCAGAUGGAGACACAAAGUUCUUUAAAAUUCUGGCUGCCAUUUUGCUGGGAGAUACUCUGGCUCCAUACUUAUUUGCAAUAGUGUUGGAUUACACUAUGAGGCAGGCAGUAGGUGGCAGAGAACUAGAACUCAGAUUUAGCAUAAAGGAAAGUAGCAGAUCACCUCUGGCAGCAGUCACUGACAUGGACUUUUCAGAUGAUAUUACCCUCUUAUCAGAGGAGUUGGCAAAGGCGCAGGAACUUCUGACAAGAGUGGAAUUUGAAGCUGAUAAGUUGGGGCUUCACCUCAAUGUGACCAAAAUCGAAGCAAUGGUAUUUCACCAACAGGAUCCUAUCAAAUUGAAAGCAAAGAAUGAAGGAAACAUCAAAAUUGUCAAAAAUUUCAAGCAUCUUGGCUCAUGUAUGGAAAGUACACAGAAGGACUUGAACACAAGGUAAGCGCUUGCAUGGAAAGCUUGUCACAAACUGAGCAAGAUAUGGAAUGAAGAUUAAGAUCACACUAUUUCUGGCUACAGGAGAGUCUGUUCUUCUGUAUGGUUCAGAAACUUGGACACUCAACAAUGCUCUAGAAAAGAGGUUAGACGGUUCAUCUACCAAAAUGCUGAGGAUGGUUCUCAGCAUAUCAUGGCGGCAACACAUGACAAAUGAUGAGCUUUAUGGUGACCUACCAUGUGUGUCCGAGAAAUUCAGACAAUGCAGACUCAGACUUGCUGGACACUGCGUAAGACAGAAGGAGGAGAUAGCAUCACGACUUGUUCCGUGGUAGCCUAAAUUCGGGAAAGUGAAUAGAGGCAGAAGACAGACAACUUAUGUUGAUACUUUACUGAAAGACCCUGGAAAUAAAGAUGUUGGAUGUUUAGAGAGAUCGAUGAAAGAUCAUGGAAACUGGAUGAGUAUUGUUGCUGGAGUCCAGUCGAGAGGUUGACACAGGUUUUAGAUAGAGAGAGUGUAACAGCAUGGCUGCUUGGACUGAAGUGAACACAGUGUGGAUCGGAUUCAUGGACAUCGUUCCUGUCAUCGGGACAGUAAAAGAGGCAGUGGAGUUGGUGCUGGCUGUGUAUGAAGGGAAUAAAGCAGUGAUAAAGGAGAAAGAGAAGGCUGCUGAAAACUUUGUGAACGAGUCAUUAAAAUAUGUAAAGGUUCUUGCUGAUGUUUUUGCGGAGUAUGACGCAGCUGCUGAAUCAGAAGCUGCAGAGUUUAAGUUGACUCUCCUUGGUAAAUCAGCAGCAGCUGCAGCAGCCACACCGGAAUUUUCUGGACUCAGAAAUGUGGCAGAGGUCAAAAUGAAACAUAUCAUUGAAUAUGUGAACAAAGGUUCCAAAAAGGGAGCAAAACAAACUCCAGCUCUCUCUCUGAAAGAGAGAGAAAAAAGAAUAGAGACUAUUUAUGCAGACAUGCUCAGAAAGAUCCAUAUCAUCAACCCAAACUUCAGACAGAACCUGGAGGCUGAACUGGUGAGGUCGACAAGAGGCGAACAUGUCUUCAACAAUAACAUCCUUAAAUUUCAUUCCAAGGUGUUGAAUAAGUUUAAAGAAGCAAAACUUGAUAAUCUACAAGCACUGAAAGAUAAUCCACGGGCACUGAAUGGAUUCGAUUCUAAUCCACUUAACGAAAACACAGCAAGAGAAAUUCAGUACCAGAUGGUGGUUCACUUUGAUAAUAAUGAAUUCUAUGUGAACGCGAAUGCAGUAAUGUAUGGUGAAUAUUCCCGAGUACUUCAUGAUGCUUUGUUAUCUGUGCUGAACAACAUAAACCCAGACGAUGUGACAGAAAACCACAGAAACAGGGUGAAUUUUGUCAUAAAUAAUAUGAAUAACUUGCAAAUCUAUGUGGACUUUCUGGCAAGAGCAAAGUGGUUUGAAAUAAGUACAAAUCCUCAGGACAGAGAGGCCCGAUUUAAUGUGGUGACACAGGAAGUGGCAGACAUGUACAGGGAAGGUCGUGGUUUGGACUGGUGCAUUCGCAUUCUGCGUGUAGUUGCACCUUGGUUUUCAGCAGAUAUACAGUAAGAUUAUUUCUCUUGUUCUAGGUUGCCAGGUCUUCCUUUCAAAAUUUCCAGCCCAACUUCAUCAAAAAACCCACAGACCUGAAACUAGUUCAAAAAGUUUUGAUAUUUUAAGAAACAGACACCAGAUUUUUUUUUCUUUCCAAACAAAAGUUCACCUUGGUGUGGCAACAUUUUUAAAUUUCCUAUAUUUCCAACAUGCCUAGGUUUAGGCUUUUAUCCUCCACAGCCUGGUAUGACUCUUAUCCUCUCCAUAACACUGUUUUUCCUCCCAAGCUGUGCACAAUUUGUUCCAUACAUUUUCAGUACAUUACACUUUCCCUGUGUUCGCCAUAGCCACUUUUUUUUUUUUUUUUUUUGCAGGAAAUUAACUUAUCCAUAUUAACCCCACAUACAGGUGAGCCCCCUCACCUGUAUGUGGGGUUAAUAUGGAUAAGUAUGGAUAAAAGGAGUUCUUUGUGCGUGCUUUAAAAAAAAAAAUCCCAUCCACGAACCCCCCCCCCCCCCCCCCCCCCCCCAAAAAAAAAAAAAAAAAAAAAACACAAUCUUGUUCCAAAACUGAAAAGUUUGGCAACCCUGUGCAUCAAUAUGAUCCAUAUUACUUUUUAAAAAAAUGCACUCAUCAAAUUGGUUAUUAAUAAAAUUUAAAGCUAAGCCUAAUAAGCUGAACUGUAGUUCUUAUUAAAAUGACUGUGUGUAAAUGUGAAGUGGAACAGUGACGAUGUUGGAGGCAUCUCAUUUCCUCCAUCUCCCUCAAUUCCCUCCAUCAUUAUUGUUAUAACCACCUGGUAAGGAGGAUUCACCACCAUGUGAAGAGACUUUAGAGCUCUGUCGUGUUGCUCUGGAAUAAAAAAAAAAAAAAAAUCCUGAUGUAAUUUACCUGUCAUGACCUGGCGACUUGUCCAGGGUGUACCCCAACUUUUGCCCGUAGUCAGCUGGGAUAGGCUCCAGCUUGCCUGCGACCCUGUAGAACAGGAUAAAGCGGCUAGAGAUAAUGAGAUGAGAUGAUGUAAUUUAACAGAACAGGAGGGUUAAUGAUUAUCAUCAGGGUUUUUAAUUCAGCACAUAUUCUCUAAGGACUCUAAAUAUGUUUGAGCUUUAUUGAGAAAAAAUUUGUUUGGAUAUUUGGGUGUGUUCUAAGUUUAUAUUACUGAUAUAUACGUUUAUUAUUAUUAUUAUUAUUAUUAUUAUUAUUAGACUUUAUUUCCCACUCUGUAGCUUAUUACACAGAGAUCCUGGCUGUUACUGUAAACUUUCAUCAAUUUUCAGACGAUUCAAGCUGAUGGUUUAACUAUCAUAUUUUAACAUUUUAUUUUAAUUACUGAUUACUAUUACUAACUAAUUUUGUUUAACAAAUCUCAUUGUGUUUUAUCUAUUGAUUUUAUUUUCUAAUGUAAUCUUACUGGAAAGCAUGCUAAGCUGCAUUUAAAUGCAUGGAAAAGGUUCCUUGGAAAUAAAAAUGAUUAACAGCC